CGCCAGCAUGUCCAAGCUGGUAACUUCACUGGACAUGUCGACGGGAGGCCCUCAUCGCCAUCACAGAACAUGUCUUUAUUUAACAAUUCAGUACGGAGUAGUUAUCAUUAAGAGGCUGUAGCACUCUUGGCUGCACGGGCCGGGUUAGGGUUAACCUCCAGCUUCGAGAUGAAUUUCAAGAGUUGAAAAUUCACCCGACACAACUGAACUCAAUGCAGUGUGUGUGAAGGAGACAGCUGCAACCAUGGAUCCCUGAAGUCCAUGCGGCAACUUAUAUGAGAUCACAGGAGUUCUCAAACUCACAGCACGCUGUUCCCAGUCUGGCCAGAAAUGCCUCCUAAGGUGAUGCUAAGGUCAAGCCACGACUAUGGCGAGGCUUCAAAACAGCUACGCACUCAGCCCCAUAACCGCACUCGCAUUCUACCAAGCCGGACCGGACCGUGUGCUGCUCCUGGCCGGGGAAGACACGUGGCUGCGAGUCUACGACAUCCAGACGUCCGCUCUCCUCGGCCAACUGCAAGUCUUUGACUCGCAACCCAUCCACGGGAUCCAUGUCUGUUCUGCUCAUCAAACCCGUGAAGAGGGAGAUCCAUCAUCAUCAUCACCAUCAUCAUCAUCGCACAUAGUACCACUCGAAGAAGCAGCAGGAGGAGGAGGAGUCCUCAUCUGGGGCGGCCACUCGGUAACCCACCUUCCGACAAGCUCUCUCCAGUCCCUGAUCUGUUGCGGUGGCACCACUCCCGGCCCUCCUCCUCGUCCAAUCGAGUACCGAGCGCCCGACUGGAUCCACAGCGGUAUUCUGUUCCCUGCUGCUGCUGCUGCUCCUUCUUGUCAAGAAAGGAGAGGAGGAUACCAGUACUACUAUGAUGGCGCGCUAGUCACAGCACACAACGAGGUCCUCCCCUUUUCUCUCGCUACCACCUCCACCACCACCACUACCACUGCCACUGCCACUCCAACUACUACUACUACUACUACUAGUAGUAGUAGUGGUAGUACUAGUAGCAUCAAAUUCGGCCCCCUGACCUCCCCCUCGCGCCCGAUCCUCUACUCGGCCGACCUGGCCCUCCUGGCACCGGGCGUGCUGCUCGUGGCGGCGGGGACGGUGUUUGGCGAGAUUGUGGUGUGGAAAUACUUUUUUGGCAACCACAACAACCACAACAACGACAACGACAACAACCAUGACGCUGACGCUGACGACAAAGGAGAGAGUGGGGAUGGGGAGUUGCGGCGAUGGGAGGUCCUGCACGUCUUUACGGGUCACGAAGGGUCCAUUUUUGGGGUGUGCAUCUCGAAUGAGAUGGAGGUGCCUGUGUCUGGUGGGGCAGGGGCAGGGGCAUGUGCAGGAGGAGGAAAGGGGAAAAUGGUGAGGUUGUUGGCCAGCUGCAGCGAUGAUCGCACUGUGCGGGUGUGGGAUAUCACGGAGCAAGGGGGUACUGUUGUCAAUGGUCACGGAGGAGGGAGUGAGGAGGGGGGAAGGGUUGAUGGAAGAGUGCUCGUGGAGGCUCGAGAGACCGGGUUUGGCGGCGGCGGCGGGGAGGAUUCGAAUGGGAAUCACCAUUCUAAUUCCGAGCUGAGGCGGGUGGAUGGGAUCGAGGACCAGGCCAGGUGUGUGGCGGUUGCGAUGGGCCAUGUCUCGAGGAUAUGGCAUGUCAAGUUUGGCCGGAGAUGCGGGGAUCAAAAGUCGACCGGGGCAGGAGGGGCAGUGGAGGUGUACUCGUUCGGGGAAGACUGUUCGCGGGAGAGGUGGGAGCUCGACGUGGACUGGGAGCGAUGGGACGAGAAGAGGACAGGCAUGCUUCGGCACUGCGGUGCGAGUACGUGCCAUAGCGGGAAGAAUAUCUGGUCGGCUGCUGUGCUGAACAGGGGAGGCGGCGACUCCCCCCUUGUAGCGACCGGCGGCGCUGACGGCAAGAUUGUGGUCUCGGGGAAAGUCAGGGGCACGGGUUCGACAGGGGACGCGUACGAAGACCUGGACCUCAGUCUGACCUUGGAUGAUAUCCUGUGCAGUCUCCAUGGCAGCGCGCAGCUCCCGUCCUCCGAACCACAAGGCAAGAAGAGCGCCAAGCACACGUUCCAGCGCUACGCUUUUCUGUCGGACAGCACCAUGGCAGUCACAGCGUCGGGCAGACUCUUCCUCGCAGCCAUGGGCGACCCUGACCCUCUUGUGUGGCAAGAAGUCAGUCUCAGUGAGGCUGUUGUCUCCGACCUCAAGCCUUACAACGUCGUCAAGAGCCCGGCAAGCGAUGCUGCCGUGCUCGGCAGCGCCAGCGGGACGGUCUACCUGUUCCGCAGAGGACACAGCGUCCGGAAAAUCGCCAACUUCUCCCACAAGAUAUCCGACAUAAUACUACUCGACAGCUCUCCCGACCGCACGCUUGACGAACAGCAACACGCGUGGUCCGUCAUCAUCACCGUCCUCGGCCUCGACCACGCCUUCCUCGUCCACUUCGACCCGUCCACCGACACCUCGACGAUCGACCCCCGCAAGAUCCGAUUGCCAGAGCACUACAUCGUCACCGCAGCCGCUUUCCUAGGAGACGUCACCCUCGUGCUGGGCUCCCGCACGGGCUCUGUGACGGUCUGCACGCCCGACUCCGGCACGGGCGACUUCAUCCCGCUCACGUCGCGCAAGGACUGCAAGACCAAAGACGCCGUCACCAGCAUCGUGCCCAUCCCGGGUAGCAGCAGCGGCAGCGGCGAGUUUCUGACGACCUGCCGCGACGGCAAAUACCGCAUCUACGCCCUCUCUUCCUCCUCUUCAGCCGAUAACGAGGGUCCAAUCCUUCUAAGACUACAACACGAAGCCACCCCGCCACUCAACACCCUCGAGUCCGCCUUCUUCACCACUCCCAACCCCAAGGAUGCCAGCACUAAAGAGACCAACAGAAAAAGGGAGCUGAUCAUCCUCGGCUUCCACGGCCCGAAAUUCCUCUCCUACAACGCCUCCUCCCGCACCGUCCUGUUCUCGGUGCCCUGCGGCGGCGCCCACCGGCCGUUUGCCAGCGUCUCAGCGCCGCACGAUCCGGGUCAGACACGCUUCGUCUUCUCCAAGGCCGGGGAGCUGCGGGUGGUCUCCCAGGGGGGAGUCGGGGAGAGGGUCCUGCGCGACGGCGGGCAUGGACGGGAGGUUCGGAGCGUUGCCUCCUCUCUUAAUUCUUCGUUGUUGUCCUCUUCUUCUUCUUCUCUGAACGGGGUUGAAAAGAGGGGCGUGCUAGUGGCCACAGCGGCGGAGGAUACCGCGAUCCGGAUAUGGCGGCACACUUCUUCCUACCAAGUUCCUACAUCUACUACUACUGCUGCUGCUGCUGCUCUCGGAGACAAAGAAGAAGACGACCAUAACGACGACAACAUGGACUGCCUCGCUGUCGUAGAAGGCCACUCGGCCGGCAUCCAGACGCUGCGCUGGUUCUCGCCCAACUACCUCCUCAGCAGCGCCGGCAGCGAGGAGCUCUUUGUCUGGCGCAUCUCACACACCUGCUCUCGGGGUGACUAUGACGCGCUGACUGUCGUGCGCGAGGCCGUCUGGGAUAACGAUGACGGGAGCUCGGACAGGGAUCUGCGCAUCGUUGAUUUCGAUGUCGCUGCUUGGCCAUCACCGUCAUCAUCAUCAUCACUCUCAUCAGCAGAUUCACCAUCACCACUCCCGGAAGAUGAUAUUGGAGUGACGAUGCUGAUCUCCAUGGCCCUCUCUGACUCCAGCGUGCGCAGCUAUAUCUACUCCUCCUCCUCCUCCUCUUCUUCUUCAUCUUCUAGCUGUGGUGCUACCGGCGUGAAGUCCAAAUUCACGCGCCUCGCAACCGCGCGAUACACGGGUGCCUGUCCCACCCAAGUACGCCACCUGCACAUCGACGAGCCAAAAGGCGAGGUGCAUCUGCUCACGGCGUUUACCGACGGGCAUGUGGCGGUCUGGAGCAUCACCACCACCACCAGCACCACUACUACUACACCGGGGUGUGGUGGUGGUGGUGGUGGUGAGGGUGAGGAAUUCAAGCUACGUUUCGUAUCGCGCCUUCACCAGAGCAGCAUCAAGAGCUUGGAUCUCGUGCCGUCAUCAUCAUCAUCAUUGUCGUCGCCGAUGCCCAGAAGUGGUCACGGUAGGAAGAAUCUUAGUCGUCGUCAGUGGCUGGUCGUCACGGGCGGCGACGACAACGCGCUCGGGAUCAUGGACCUCCUUUGGAAUAGUAGUAACGGUAAUAAUGAUGGCGGCGGCGCGUACGCGGCACGAGGGAAAUACCGCGUCCGGAACGCCCACGCGGCUGCUAUCACGGGGCUUUGCGUGGUGGAUAAUAAGGAAGAAGAAGAGGAGGUAGUAGUAGUGCAAGUUGCGACGGUGAGCAACGACCAGCGGAUCAAGCUCUGGAUGGUGGAGAGGAAGAAUAAGAAGGAUGGUGAUGAUGAUGAUGGUGAUGAUGAUGAUGGUGAUGAUGAUGAUGACGGGCGGAUGAUGAUCCGCAUCGCCAUGCUGGAGAACCGGUACAGCUCGGUGGCAGACGCGGGAGACCUGGAGGUCAUCGCGCCCGGCAGGCUCAUGGUCGGUGGAGUGGGCAUGGAGGUGUGGCGUGUACAAUAGCGUUGAGAAGGGAUUACUAGUUAGAGGGAAGGCGAAAGGAAGGCGAAAGGAAACAGAGAAAGAUAAACAUAGAAAUAAAGAAGAUGCAACUA